AUGUCUGGAAUAAACCAGCCUACGCAGAACCAACCUACUCAUUGGGGUGACUCUUCCAGCCCUCAGCUGCCAAGCAUUGGAGGCCUGAGCCAGCCCGCCAACGUUUGGCCGUCAUCAGGUCUCUUCCUCCCUCAUCCUCAACCUAAUUGGUCUCAUGUCUCUCCAGGAGUGUCACUCCAGAGCCCUUUCAAUGCGACAGAAGAACAGGGCGCACGACUACAGAGUGCGAACCUGAGAGGCAACAAUCUGUCGUCCUCGACAUCGCAGAACCCGGUCGCAUCGCAUCCAGGGCCCAUCGUCACCCAAGGCCAUGGGAGACAUGAGAUUCCGUCGAAUGCGGUUGAGACGGGACUUGUUGAUAGCAUUCCAUCUAAGCGACCUCGCCGCAAACGCAAAGCACCCCAUGUUGGAGAGACGCAAUGGGAGCAGAAAAAGCCAUAUAUAGAGCAGCUGUACAUGAAAGAAGACCUCCCUUUGCCAGAGGUAGUACGAAGGAUGGAGGAAACUCACGCAUUCCUCGCGACAGAAAAGAUGUACAAGAACAGGUUCAAGAUUUGGCGAUGGGUCAAGAAUACUCCUACUGCGUGGAUGGCAAAGAAAGCACGGCAACGCAAGCUUCUUGGAAAGGAUACAGUAUUCUACUGGAACGAUGAAAGAUGGACUGAGGAGCAGCUUGCACAGAAAAAUGGCAAGGCUUGGCAGGAUCAGGGCGGCGAUUGUCCAUCGGUUAUAUGUGGCCGCACUCCUAACGAUACCGAGUAUUACACGCCUGGAAAUGAGAGGCCUCAGCGGAACCUCUCUUCUCAGCCACGCGGCUCGAACGAGCGGCAUGCGGAACAGAAAUUCUAUCUUGACACUCCACCAGUCAAUCUUCUGCUGAACAAAACAACUUUAGCUCAACUUCACGGUUUACUUAAAGAUGCUUCACGUGCAGCCUCGACCGGAAAGGUCAACGAUGCCGAUGCGGAUUUUCGCGAUGCAGUAUCAGGAUUUCGCUUCAAACUUUCACCAACUCACGACGAAACCCUCAGGGCUGCAUACCUAUAUGCUUGCUUCUAUGCGAAAUGCAACCAGAUGGACAGAGCAGAUGCUGUACUAAACUGGAUGUCAGACCAUCAUGUCGAAAAAUGGGGGCCUAGGCACGAAAAUACCUAUGUCCACUAUGCGCGCAUGGCAGAGCUGUUCCGAUCUUGGGGUCGCCAAGAGGAUGCUGAGCUCCUCAUCUACAAGCUACUGGAUGAUGAGAUGGAUGAAGGCGUCAAUCUCCUGGGUAUUGGGCACGAGCCCUCCAAUCAGCGCACAACUACACGCAUUGACUUGGACAGCUCGUUUCUUGAGACGGAUGAUCCAGAAUCAAUAAGCCAGCAACUCAACAGAAUCGAUCUAGCAAUGAUAUCAACCAUUAGAGGCAUAGACAAUGUCCUCGAGGUUAUCAUCAGGCAUUGCGAAGGCAAGCCCCAUGAUCUUGGUAUGUCGCUGCAAGCUUGCCGAGCCAAGUGUGCGCUUGCAAAAUGGCAUGGUAACGCCGGUCAUUUCGGACAGUCCUGCCAUAUCCUCGAAGAUGCGAGAAGAUCAAUCACACCAUUUAUCUCUGUCGAUGAAGAGCCCAUGUCGAGGCAAACACUUCAAACAGCGAAAAGCCUGGCUUAUCAGUUCUUGGAAACAAAGGACGAGUCUUCCUGCAAUGCUGUGCUUGAAGAUGUCGUUGCUUCACUCGAGGCACGCUGCCGAACUCUUGACUGCGAGGAGAAGGAUAGGGUGUUCCUCCUGGACUUUGUUCUGACUGCUGCGUUCCAUUUCCACGAGGUUUCCUCCUGGGAGCAAUGCCGAUAUUGGGUUGAGCGAGGGUUUUGUCUUGCUAUGAGAAUGCAUGGCAUAAAGUCGCCAGAGGCUCAGAGAUUCCAAAAAGUAUUGGAUAAAGAGGGCUUUGAUAUGAGGAGUUCGAUAAGUGUCCAUGAUCUAAUGAAGUCUUCUGGGGGGGGUCUUUAA